GGAAUCUAAUUUCUCCAGAAUAUUCCGCCCCCAAACCCCCAACCCAAAUAAUUGAGAACCGGGGAAGAAGCUCCUCGUUCACUCCGCCCCCCGGAUUCUUGAUCCCAUCCCGCUCUCGCCGUUACCCAAGCCGGUGGAUGGCGGCGAUCUCGGCCGCAGUUGUCGCCCGUUUGGUGCUCUGAUCCUCUCUCUCCUCCUUCCUAUUCUUGCCUCGGAUCUGUGCGCGUUUUUGUUUCCGGAGAAAUAUGAUUAGGUUUUGCGUUUUUGGGUGUGAUCUGGGGGAGUUUAUGGGCGCGGGAUCGAACUCGUCACCAUUCCUGAACCAGAUCAGCAGGGUUCGUGGCUUGUCGGGGAGUUCUUGUUUUUGGGAACCCUAGCAAGGAUCAUGUUCUUUGUAUGUGGAGAUGAUGGUUUGAUUUGUUGCAGUCGUAAUUACUAGGAACGCUGAAGUCCGAGCCAAGUUAUUGAAGAAUAUGGGUCUUUGGACCUGGCUACUCUUCAUAUAUCUUAUUCUUAUAUGCUUUGUGGAUGAUGUCCUUUCCGGCCGUACAAGUUCUUUUAGGCGGUCUGAAUGGCCUUCUACUGAUAUCCCUCUAGAUAGUGAAGCGUUUGUAGUUCCAGGAGGUUAUAAUACUCCACAGCAGGUCCAUAUUACUCAAGGAGACUAUGAUGGAAAAGCUGUGAUAAUCUCUUGGGUCACAGAGUCUGAAACUGGGACUAGUGAAGUUUUAUAUGGGACAGAGGAGCAUAAAUAUGAACAUAUAGCCCAAGGGACGACAACAAACUAUACAUUUUACAAUUAUAAAUCUGGAUUUAUUCAUCACUGCCUUGUGGAUGGACUGAAGUACAACACAAAAUAUCACUACAAAAUUGGAACAGGUGCCUCUGCUCGAGAAUUCUGGUUCCAGACUCCUCCUGAGAUUGAUCCAGAUGUUCCAUACGUAUUUGGCGUUAUAGGUGAUUUGGGGCAAACAUUUAAUUCACUUUCCACCCUAGAGCAUUAUAUGGAAACUGGUGGUCAGACUGUCUUAUUUGUUGGAGAUCUCUCUUAUGCUGAUAGAUAUGAAUAUAAUGAUGGUGUUCGUUGGGAUUCAUGGGGUCGCCUUGUAGAAAAGAGCGCUGCAUAUCAACCAUGGAUUUGGACUGCUGGAAAUCACGAAAUAGAGUACAGACCUGAUUUGGGAGAAAUUUCUACUUUCAAACCUUAUCUGCACAGAUAUGUGACACCUUAUGUGUCCUCCAAAAGCAGUUCUCCCCUUUGGUAUGCUGUUAGGCGUGCAUCUGCUCAUAUUAUCGUGCUUUCAAGUUAUUCUCCAUUUGUUAAAUAUACUCCUCAAUGGUUUUGGCUGCGAGAAGAGCUGAAGAGAGUCAACAGAGAAAAAACACCAUGGCUGAUUGUUCUUAUGCACGUCCCAUUGUACAAUAGUAAUGAAGCACAUUAUAUGGAGGGUGAGGCCAUGCGCGAUGUCUUUGAGAGUUGGUUCGUGCAUUAUAAAGUUGAUAUUGUGUUUGCAGGCCAUGUGCAUGCCUACGAGAGAUCGUAUCGUGUUUCAAAUAUGAACUACAACAUAACAUCUGGUAGCCGUCAUCCUGUUCCUGACAAAUCAGCUCCUGUUUACAUAAUUGUUGGUGAUGGAGGAAAUCAGGAAGGUCUUGCUGUAAGGUUUUCUGACCUGCAACCUGACUACUCUGCAUUCCGGGAGGCGAGUUAUGGGCAUUCGACAUUGGAAUUGAAGAAUAGAACGCAUGCAUUUUACCAUUGGAACAGAAACAACGAUGGAAAACAUGUACUGACAGACCAUAUUGUAUUUCGCAACCAGUACUGGGCAAGCAAUACGAGGAGGAGAAGACUGAAAAAGCACAGGAAGUUUCCAAAUUGAACCAGCUUCAUUGCCAAAUACUACGGAGACAGCUUCAACGUGCUGGCAUGAUUUGCUUUUGCGGCGGGGAAGCCAACAAGUCUUUUGCUGUAUACAUAGUCAAUAGCUCAACCAAAACGAUGGGCGGGAGUGUUAUGUUGACCAUAAAAAGAAGAAGAGAGGAUCCAAACUGCCCUCAGAACAAGCGAGUAGCAUAUUUAUAAUGUUUACGCGGGUGGUUGUUGGUUUUCCUUAUUUUUUACUUUUAUUGGUGCAUGGUUCGACUGUGGUCAAUUCUCUACGUGUUGGCUAAUUUACAAGCACCAAAGUGAUGUAUCAUCUCAGAUUGGAAAGAAAACUGAUGUUCAAUUUUUUUCUUCAAACGGACCACAGCCAAGCUAUAAAUUAUAGUCCAACUGUACAGUA